UUUAUUAUUGUUGUUGUUGUUGUUCACUCCUACCCAAAAUCUCUCUGUGCCUUAAUGGCCUAUCUUUCACUAUUUCUAUGUCUCAUUCUCCUUCUCUCGCCCCAAGUUCUCCUAACAUUUAUUGCCGUACUACUACUACUACCCUUGUUUUCACGUGUAAGUCCUAGAAACUUGGGACUACCCAAUUCCUCUUCUUUGGUUUCAUUGCUCAUUUUAUAACUGUGUCCUCUCUCCUUUGUACUGCUUAACUUGACUUAGACUUCCCUGAGAAUUUUUUCGGUUUAAAAGAGUUGUGACUCAUGUCCCAAGGUAAAGAAAUAGAGGGUGAAGAAGAAAGGGAGGAUUUGUGUACGGAUGAUAGCAAGCAUGGUAGUAUGAAAGGAGGUCUUAUUGCCAUGGACUUGGGUAGUAGCAGUUGCAUAUAUUCUCAUAGUCCCCCACCAAUAAAGAUUAGAGUUGGUCCAUGGGAUGGAUCAACUUCUUCAAGGGUUGGUGGUUCCUCAGGUGGUGUACCUCAGGAUGCAGAUUAUUCCGUUGUUGCUUCACUGAGUGAGGAGUUAGAGGCUCUUAUCUUGGCCAGGGUUCCAAGAUCAGAAUACGGGAAGUUCUCUAUUGUGAACAAGAUGUUUUUAGCUCUUGUGAAGAGUGGUGAGGUAUAUAAGAUUAGGAAGGAAAUUGGGUUUAAAGAACCUUCUGUUUUCAUGUUGGCUAGUGGGGAGACUAGUUGGAGGGCAUGUGACAGGCAAUUCGGGUCUUGUAGAAAGCUUCCAAUCUUACCAUCAGAUAUUUGUUUUUCAUCUGGGGAUAAGGAGUCAGUUUGUGCUGGGACUCAUCUCAUUGUUUCAGGCAAAGAAUAUGAUGGUGUUGUUAUUUGGAGGUAUGAAUUGGCAUCAAACAAAUGGUUCAAGGGUCCUAAUAUGAUGAAUCCAAGGUGUUUGUUUGCAUCUGCCACAUGCGGUACUUGUGCUUUUGUUGCUGGUGGCAUUGGAAUCGUGUCUAAUUGGAAAGCUUUGAGCUCAGCUGAGAAAUAUAAUCCAGAGACCAAAUCAUGGGAAUCCCUUCCAGGUAUGCACAAGAAGAGGAAACUUUGCUCAGGUUGUUACAUGGAUAAUAAGUUCUAUGUGAUUGGAGGGACAGAUGAGGAAGGGAAAGGUCUAACUUGUGCAGAAGCAUUUGAUGAGCAGAGAAACAACUGGGACUUGAUCCCAAACAUGUUAAAAGAUUCACCAGUCCAAAGUUCCCAAUCUCCACCUCUUGUUGCUGUUGUCAACAAUGAGCUCUACUCACUUGAAGCUUCUUCAAAUGAGCUCAAGGUGUACAUAAAGGGCAGCAAUUCAUGGAAGAACUUGGGACCAGUCCCAGUAAGAGCUGAUGUUGCUAGAGGAUGGGGAGUAGCAUUCAAGUCUCUAGAUGAUGAGCUACUUGUCAUAGGUACAUCCACUAAUUCAGUCCGUGACAUGACUAUAUACACAUGCAGCCCAGAACCACAAGCUGAUAAAUUGCAUUGGAGGGCUAUUGAGGGUUGCACAAACCAGCGCAGCCCCUUCAUUUUAAAUUGCUCUGUCAUGGUAGCCUGAAGUUGAAAUCUUAAGCAGUGACUUAAGUUGUUGGAUCUGAGCAUCUGAAUAAAAACUACACUUCGAAUUUAGGGAGUUGUCAGUUGUCACUAGUACGAGUUUCAUUGUAUUUGCUCUAAUAUUCUAUUGUAUUACUAUUGCAUGGGUGUGUUUCUUGUCCUAAAAAACCUUUGUGAUGAUGACACAAGGUAACUUUUAACGAAUGUUACUGAUUUUAUCUGUCUUUUUCCA